CAAGACUUGGCUCUGAAUUUCCUUCGAUAGUCUAACCUUUAGGAGCUGGCUUACUAUAAAUUUUGGUUCUGGGUUCGGGAGAGGCCAUCUUGGCAUAAUCUCUUAUUUUGAGCUGGGGAUGCCGGAGAAGCUUUGCGGGAAGGAAGAAGCCUGUGAAGCAGACAUUUACCAUGGAGAUGCUCUUUCCCAAAAAGGAAAGGACGCCCCUGGGAUUCUGUGAUGGCCUGGAUAAGAUCUUCGUGGGCUUUGGGAACAAGGACGAGAGAGGCUGUCAGCCGCCCAAAUACCACGCCAGCUAUGCACCUUAUUAUCCUAUCCACAAGGCUGCAAGCGUGGGUGACAUAGACACUGUGAAGAGCUUUGUCGAACGGGGAGCUUUUGCCAUGGAACAAAUAGACUGGAAGUACAGGACUGCCCUGCAUUUUGCCUGUGUCUAUGGUCAUCCAGAGGUGGUGACCUUCCUGGUGGAGAGCAGCUGCGAGAUUAGUCCCAAGGAUAUUAAAGAUGCCACACCUCUAAUUAAGGCUGCACAGUGUAGACAAACGGAAUGCCUUGAUAUUCUCCUGAAGCAUGGUGCUGACCCAAAUAUUAUGGACUGCCGUGACAACACUGCUCUUCACUAUGCUGUCUACAAUGGGGAUGUCGAAACAGCUGCUAAGCUGCUUGAAUACAAGGCAAACAUUGAAGCAAUAAAUGAGAACAAGAUCACACCACUUUUGCUUGCUCUGAAACAAAACAAGGAGAAGAUGGCAGAGUUCUUAAUCAACAACGGGGCAAAUGAAAAAACGUGUGAUUUUCUGGGAAGAAGCACCCUUAUGUAUGCUGUAAGGUGUGGGUCAGAACUUAUCAUCAAGCUGCUUCUUCAAAGAGAUAUCGAUACCUUUAAGCAAGAUGCCUUUGGAUGGACAGCUAAACGUUAUGCUGUUGAAAGUAAAAGCAAAGUUAGGAAACUACUGAUCGACCAUGAUGAAGAGGAACUGAGACAAACAUGCUCAGAGAUCACCAGGAAAAAUGCUUGCUCAAUGGUAAUGACCUUUAUAAUUUUCUUGAAUUACUCAGUAGAUACUGUAUGA